AUGUCUCUCGAUCUCCAAAAAAACAUGCUCAAACACUACUCCAUUACUAAUGCCAAUCCUGUUUUUAGGUUCCUAGCGAUCUGGUGGCCGCUGAAGUGUCAAAUCACGAAGAAACGAGCCAGACUGAUGAUAGUCGUGAUCUGGUUCAUCGCGUUGACAACAACCUGCCCGUGGCUGCUAUUCUUCGACCUGGUCGCGAUCUACGACGAUGACCCAGACCUAAGACUGUGCCUGGAAGUCUGGCCUCGCCCAGAAGACGGUACCCUAUUCUUCCUAAUCGGCAACCUGACCCUUUGCUACGUUCUCCCGACGAUCCUCAUCUCCCUCUGCUACAUACUGAUCUGGAUCAAGGUCUGGCGACGUAAUAUUCCAACAGACACGAAGGACGCGCAGAUGGAACGCAUGCAGCAGAAGUCUAAAGUCAAGGUAGUCAAGAUGUUGGUCGUGGUGGUGAUACUGUUCGUCCUCUCCUGGCUACCGUUGUACGUGAUCUUCACGGUGAUCAAGCUGGGCAACGACGUGGCGGAACGCGAGGACGAGAUCCUACCGAUCGCCACGCCGAUUGCCCAAUGGCUAGGCGCCAGUAACUCCUGCAUUAAUCCGAUCCUCUACGCGUUCUUCAACAAGAAAUAUCGACGAGGCUUCGUCGCGAUAAUGAAGAGUGGGCGCUGCUGCGGCAAGAUCAGGUACUACGAGACGGUCGCCAUCAUGUCCUCUUCGACCAGCAUGAGGAAGUCCUCCUACUACGUGAACAACAACAACUCGUCGACGAGGCGGACCUGCCACGGGCCGCCCGUCCACCAAGACAGCAACGUGUCCUACAUAUUCAACCACACCGGUGUCUAAGUCAACCGAUCCGUCUUUGGGUGAUGACCAUUUGAUAUUCCGCUGAAUCCCGUGGCUGGCUGCCCAGAACGGGGUUUCACGUGAGCCGGUCCGAGGUCCAUGGGUACACGCUGAACCGAUUGUCGACUCGGAUUGGAUGAUUCGCCGAGCUCGAGCGUGUUAGAAACGGGAUGGGAUUAAAUAGCAGCA